CUUUGCUUGACUCUACUGGCGUGCUCCUUUUUUUUUUUUUUCUUAUAUUCAAUAUGGUCUCUGCAACUUCAACUACAACUAAAUCUGCUCCUUCUAAUCGACUCACACAAGCUGAUGAAUUGAAACAAGCCAAAAGUUUUGAAAAAGCCAUUACUUUCUAUCAAACUAUCUUGGCUGAAAAAUCAACUUCAGAAGAGACCUUAAGAGAACAAGAAUAUGCUCUUACUCAACUGGGUCAACUCUAUCGCGAUCUUCAUCUUCCUCAAGAACUUGCACAGUUGAUUCGUUCUUCUCGUCCUUUCAUGUUGACUAUUGCUAAAGCAAAGACAGCCAAACUAACUCGUACGUUGAUUGAUUACUUUAGCGAUAUUCCCAACUGUCUUCCUCUUCAGAUUGAAAUAUGCAAAGAAAAUAUUGACUGGUGUAUUCAAGAAAAGCGUUUGUUUUUGAAGCAAGCAUUAGAGACGCGUCUUGUUGCACUCUACUUGGACAACAAGAUGUAUCAUGAAUCCCUGAAUUUGAUUUCAGUCCUUUUGAAGGAAUUAAAGCGUUUGGAUGAUAAGAUGGUAUUGGUUGAAGUACAGUUACUUGAGAGUCGUGUCUGUCAUGCACUCAGAAACUUACCCAAGGCCCGUGCUGCUUUGACUUCUGCUCGUACUUCUGCUAAUGCCAUCUAUUGUCCUCCCUUAUUACAAGCUUCUUUGGAUAUGCAAUCAGGUGUACUCCAUGCUGAAGAGAAAGACUACAAGACAGCUUACUCUUAUUUCUUUGAAACAUUUGAAGGUUAUUCUAGUCAAGAAGAUCCCAAGGCUAUUUUGGCACUCAAGUACAUGUUGUUGUGUAAAAUCAUGUUGAAUUUGACUGAAGAUGUUCAUUCGAUCAUUGGUGGUAAAGUGGCAUUAAAGUACGCAGGUGUGGAAAUUGAAGCCAUGAAGGCAGUUGCCAAUGCCCACAAGAACAGAAACCUUCAAGAAUUCGAGACAGCACUUGCUACUUUUACAAAUCAACUCAACAAUGACCCUAUCAUUCGUACCCAAUUAGCAGCAUUGUAUGAUACACUUUUGGAACAAAACUUGGUUCGUAUCAUUGAACCCUUUUCCCGUGUUGAAGUCAGUCAUAUUGCAGACAUGGUCAAGUUACCCACACAACAAGUAGAAGCCAAAUUAUCACAAAUGAUUUUGGAUAAAAAGUUCCAUGGUAUUCUUGACCAAGGUGCUGGUUGUUUGAUUGUGUUUGAUGAGCCUGAACAAGACAAGACAUAUGAAAUGGCCAUUGAGACUUUGAAGCAAGUUGAUAAAGUUGUCUCUAGUUUGUAUCAAAAGGCUGCUGAGCUUUCUUAAUAAACAUUCUAUAAAUGGAAAUAGAAACACAUCUUAUAUAAUUCUUACACUUUGUCAGGUACAUAAAAAAAAAAAAAAA